AUGGCAAAAAAAGCAUCGUCCACGGCUACGCCAGCGCCUGGCGCGCCGCAGGCUGCGGAGGAGUCUGUCACGCUCGCCCAAAAGUACACGACAGAACUCGAAGAUCUGGCCGCGCAGGCACGCACAGACGGAGCCAUGACGACCAGGCUCGCGCCCUAUGUCAAGUGCUUUGCCGUUCUUUCGUUGCUGGGCGUCCUCUCCAAUGCCUCGGUCCUCAGCUUGUCACCCGUGUACGGUGGCAUCCCGUCCGGGAUCUAUCACACCAGGAUCCUCAUGGCCGGCUGCUUCGUUGGUUGGUCUGGCAACGUUGCGUUUCGGGACAUCCUUCCGCGGAGCUUGAAGGCAGAUCAGCUGUUGCCUGUGCUGGUGGCCUACGUGCCCCUGGUCCAGUUCAUGCUGUUCAGGUUCAGUGACAAGCUGGGUGCUCUGUACGGGCCACUGCUCACCGAAUGCCUGACGUUGUUUCCAGCGGCCGUCAUGUCCGCAGCCUUCGUGGCCGAUGAGCUAGAGGGGGCUGGUAUUCCCUACCUCCCCUCGUUCAUCGGGGAUGCCGUGCCCGGUAUCGGAUCGUGGGGUGUGCUCAAGGGUGCCGAGGUGUUGAGCGGACAGGUCCUCAGUCGGAAUGUGGGCAAGACGUUUGCGCUCACACGCAUGGGACUAGAGGUCCUGCUCAGCGGUCUAUACGCCGUGCUCUCCCCGUCCAAACUACUCCUUCUCACAGCCCCUGCGUUUUUGCACACGGCAGUCCUGAACACGCAUGUCAUGGCACCGAGCGCUACCCUCGCGCUCAACACGACGCUGCUGGAUCAGCAAUGGAUGCUCCUAGACAGAAGGGAGUCAAUCACUGGAUACGUCUCUGUCAUCGAGAGUCUGCAACGGGGGUUCAGGGUCAUGCGCUGCGACCACAGCCUGCUGGGUGGACAAUGGACUGUCGUGCAAGGCAUUCAGGUCGCCGAGCCCAUCUAUGGCGUGUUCGCCAUGCUCGAGGCCGUGAGACUGGUCGAUAUUGUGACGGUCAAGGAUGAAGACGCCAGCGCACUCGUCGUGGGCUUGGGCAUCGGGACGACCCCAUCUGCUUUGGUGACACACGGUAUCGACACGACGGUCGUGGAGAUUGACCCCGUGGUCCAUGAGUUUGCGGCCAAGUAUUUCGAUCUCAAGGAAAACAACCCGCCCGUCCUGGUCGACGCCGUAAGCCACACAGCUGGGCUGGUGGAGCAGGGCAAGACCUACGACUAUAUCAUUCACGACGUGUUCACCGGCGGUGCGGAGCCCGUGGAUCUCUUCACGUUGGAAUUCCUCCAGGGCCUGAGUGACCUGCUGACACCAGACGGCGUCGUCGCCAUUAACUACGCGGGUGACUUUAGCCUGCCUGCACCAAAGAUCAUAGUCAAGACCAUCACCACCGUGUUCCCUACGUGUCGGAUCUUCCGCGAGUCGCCAGCACCCAUGGACCUCCCGCCUGGCCAGCCAGACUUCACCAACAUGGUCAUCUUCUGCCUGAAAGCACCGCAUGACAAGCUCUCCUUCCGACCUGCCCGGAUGGAAGACUUUCUGCAGAGCAGGUCCAGGCAGGCAUUCCUCCAGCCGCAGCAUGAGAUCUUCCAAUCGGACUUCCUCGGACCCGAGGACAAGGAAAUCUUGAGGAAGAACGACACGGGCCGGAUGGACGAGUGGCACAAGACCACCGCAGCAGGUCACUGGGAUAUUAUGCGAACUGUCAUGCCAGCGCACAUCUGGGAGCUGUGGUAA